AUGAGUAGACCGGGAGCGAAUAGGAAGGGCCCACUGCCUUCUGAUGUGGGGUCCAGCAGCAGGGCUUUAAGUCGUCCCAGAGGGCCAGCCAUAUCUCGAGCUGAGGUGGAUAACGUUAGUAAGCAGAUAGCCUUGCUAGGGAAGCAAAUUGAUGAACUCAAGAAGAGGGGAGAAAUAGUAGCCCACAAUCGUAAUUCACCAUUCGCUAACCGGAUACUUAUAGAAAUGGUUAAUCCGAGUUUUAGGAUGCCCGAUCUCCCAAAGUAUGAUGGAACACGGGAUCCUCAAGAACAUCUAGCCGCUUUUGAUAUGGUAAUGAAUUUGUAUGGACAGUCAAGCUCCAUAGUCACCAAAUUGUUUGUUACCACGCUGACAGGAAAGGCUCAAGAAUGGUUUACGAAUUUGCCCCCAGGCAGUAUAGAUUCGUAUGAGCAACUGGUACAAAAAUUUGCAUUUCACUUUGCAAGUAAGAGAAAACAAAAAAGAUCUGCUACGCACUUGUUUACUAUUCGGCAAGGGGAAAACGAAAGUUUAAAAAGUUUUAUGGGACGCUUUAAUAACGAAACGUUGGAGGUGCAGGAUCUUAGGAUAGAUAUGAUGACUAGUAUCCUUAUUCAUGGGUUGAAGAAAGGGGUUUUUGCAUCUGCUUUAGCGAGGGACCCGCCGAUAUAUACGGAGCAGUUGAUGGCGAUGGCACAGAAAUACAUCGACGAAGAGGAGAUGAAUGCUAUGAAAGAUGAGGAAUGGAGAAUUACGUCAGAACGAGCCAGGGAUGGAAGAUACAGCAGAGAUCAUGACAGGCGACCCAAAAAUGAGAAAGAAAAGGAGCCACCUUAUCAGUCGAAAUAUAGUAAGUACACUCCUUUAAAUAUGACUAGGGCAAAAGCUCUCAUGUUGGUAGAAAAAGAUAAUGUAUUGAUCUGGCCAAAGCACACAAGGAUUACUCCAGCUAAAAGGUACUCGAACAAAUAUUGUCGUUUCCAUCGGGAAAAAGGACAUGAUACAGAGGAAUGCUAUCAGUUGAAGGACGAGAUAGAGCGAUUGGUCCGACAGGGGUACUUUAGGAGACAGAAUCUUCAUAAUUUCGAAGAGAGAAGACGUGAUCGAAGAGGUAGGUCGAGAAGUCGGGAACGCCGACCGAGUUGGGCAACUGAAAGAGAGAACCGGACAGUGGGAGAAAACGCGCCUGUGAAAGGCAUUAUCCACACUAUCGCGGGUGGAUCGGAGGGAUGGUCGAGAAGGGCUAGAAGGAAAUUUGAAAGAGAGAAUAGGCUGGAACGACGCAAGCAAGGUGUAAAUAUGACAGAUAACCCAGAGAUCGUGUUUGGAGAUCGGGAUGCGGGUGCAAGGCUAGUGACAGACAAUGAUCCGAUGGUAAUAAGAAUGGAUAUAGCAAAUUUCACAAUACACAAGGUUUUAAUAGACAACGGAAGUUCGGCAGACAUAAUUUUCAAAGGAGUGCUGGAUAAGAUGGGACUGGAUAAUGUACGACUGGAAUCAGCAAACACACCGUUGAUUGGGUUUGGAUGA